AUGUUCCAACACCGGCCGCCUCCCCCCUUUCUUCCGGGGCCGGGAUUCGAACUCGCGGCGCCGCACUCUGACCCGGGGCGGGGCCACGCGGUGGGCGCCAUGCGGCGGGCGGGCGCGGCUGGGCUGGCGGCGGAGGCGGCGGUGCGGGCGAUGCUGGCGGCGGUUUGCGGGGUGAUGGAGCUGCUGCCUCCCUUCCAACGCGUGGUGCAGCCCGAGGAGAUGUGGCUCUAUCGCAACCCCUACGUGGAAGCGGAUCGCGUUCCCACGGCGCCGAUGUUCUUCAUCGCGUUCCUGUCUCCGGUGCUGCUCAUCAUCCUUGCCCGCCUGUUCCUGGGAGCUGACCACGAGGACACACGGGAGGCGUGCCUGGCUGCCAGCCUUGCUCUUGUCCUCAACGGGGUCUUCACCAACAGCCUGAAGCUCGUGGUGGGCAGGCCACGGCCAGACUUCUUCUAUCGCUGCUUCCCAGACGGACGAGUGAACACAGAGCUGACCUGCACGGGUGACCCCGGCCUGGUGGCUGAGGGACGUAAAAGCUUUCCCAGUGGGCAUUCCUCGUUUGCCUUUGCUGGCCUCUCCUUCUGUGCCUUCUACCUGGCUGGGAAGCUGCACUGCUUUGCUCCUGGCCGGCGAGGCUCAGCGCUGCAGCUCUGUGCUUUCCUCCUCCCCCUGUUCAUCGCCACGCUCAUCGCCGUGUCCCGUACCUGUGACUACAAGCACCACUGGCAAGAUGUGCUGGUUGGCUCGGCAAUGGGCUUUGUGCUGGCGUACCUCUGCUACAGGCAGUACUACCCUCCUCUGAUGGACUCCAUGUGCCACAAACCAUUUCUGUCUAUAUCUAAACAACUGCCAGCGCACCAAGAAAAGCCUGCAGCUUCCAGCUUUCACCUGGACGUUUAAGUGAUGUCACUGUAUUCUGCUGGCACUUCUGCACCGUGUCCCUUCCUUUGGGAAGCGAGCUGAGCUUCAGCACGUGAGACUACAGGACAGCCCAGCUUCAGAAGGUCCUACACUGAAAACUGGAGAGAUGUGAUGUGCUGCGCCAUGGCUGUGGGUGUUCCUGGGUCCACAGCAAAGCACAGUCAGGUCCCCUUCAGUGCAGCUGAGCUGCCUCAUCCCUUCCCAUGGGAUGCGUGUGUUGAAGUGAAGGGCAGGACCUGUUGUGGCGCUGGGGUCAAAUGCAUCUCAUCAGUCAGAGAUGAACUAAUUUGGAGUAAUGAAUGUAAGGCUGCAGCCUUUAACGUGGAUGGAGUGGGUGAGACAGAAGAUGCAACUAGCGUGAUUGUUAUUUGUGUUAUUGUGCUGGCUCUUUUUUCUCCUUAAUUUGGCAAAUAAAGGAGUUUAAUUUUUAAUGA